UAUGUAACCUAAUCAAAAUCAAUCUCCGAUUCCAGGAUCGGUUGAGAUCAUUAAAGGUAACAUUUCUAUUGUAUCCUUAGAUAAACUCUAUUGGAUUUCUGAUCGAUAAGCACCAAGAAACUAGCCAAAUGCAUUCUAUUUUUGCAUUGAUCAGGUAUUAGAUAGAAUCUAAUUUGUUUUCAGGAUCUUGUGUAUGAGCCCUUUUUUGCAGAUUUUGGUCCAUUAAAUUUAGGUCACACUUACAGAUUUGUGACAGAAUUGGAGAAAUUACUUGGUGAUAAGACAUAUUAACAAUAUGCCAUCUAUCACUAUACAAGUUUGGAUAGUGCAAAAAGAGCCAAUGCUGCCUAUUUGAUGGGAGCCUUUUAAGUGAUCAUCUUAAAAAUGAGUGCAGAUGAUGCAUGGAAACCAUUCCAAUCUGUAAAGCCCGCAUUUUAAGAUUUUAGAGAUGCAAGUUAUGGAUAAUGUACUUACAAAUGCACAGUAUAUUUGUUUGACUAUUUAUAUAGAUUUUACAUUGUUUAAGAGGCUUAGAAUAUGCAAUAAAGUUGAAAUGGUUUGAUGUUAGAAAAUUCAAUCUUAGAGAUUAUGAAUUUUAUGAAAGAGUAGAAAAUGGAGAUUUGAAUUGGAUUGUUCCUAAUAAAUUUAUAGCUUUCUCAGGACCAUCUGCUACAUAAAAAGAUGCUGAUGGAGUAAGUAGUCUAUUUCUAUUUAGAAUCGAACAUUCACUCCUGAAGAAUAUGUACCAAUCUUCAAAUAAUUUGGAGUGACUUGUGUUGUCAGAUUGAAUAAGAAAGCUUAUGAAGAAUAAAGAUUUAUAAAAAAUGGCAUAAAACAUGAAGAAAUCUACUUUUUAGAUGGUUCAGUUCCAGGAGAUGAUAAGAUUUUAAGAUUCCUUGAAAUAGCUGAAAAAGAGAAUGUAGUGGCUGUACAUUGUAAAGCAGGUUUAGGUAGAACAGGAACAUUGAUUGCAGCAUAUGUGAUGAAACAUUAUAGGUAAUAAUAAAAUAUACAAUAGAUUUCCUGCUCCAGAUUUUAUAGGUUGGAUCCGUAUAUGUAGACCAGGAAGUAUUUUAGGACCAUAGCAAAUCUUUUUAUUAGUAAUUUAUUAAUAUUUAUAUUAUUAAAGCAAAAACAAAAUUGGUUAAUUAGUUUAGGAAAAGAUUCUCCUAUAUGGAAUCAAGUUAAAUAAAUUGCAGCUGAAGUCAACAUAGAAAAGAGAUUGAAGGAUUUACAAUUAGGACCUAUGAGUGAAGGUAGAAUAUUAAAUAUAUAAAUAUUUAGCUGAUAAAAAUAAGGCAGAAAAAGGUGAUUAAGAUUAGGCUUAAACAUUGAAUAAAGCAAAAUUAAUGAAGUAAUUUAAUAUAUAGAUAAAUUCUUUAGUUAAUCCUCAAAUUCACCUGGUUUGAAAAAAUGAA